ACACACCUUUCUGAAUGGACACGUGGUUCGAGUGGUGUAGGCCCAAUUCAAGACUGACCACUGACAGGUCACGUAUUGGUCUAAUAGUCGUGCAGGUGAUAUUGUAAUCAAGUGAAGGCAUAUUUAAGAUUACACGGUAGCAUUUAUUUUAGGUGGACCUGACUAAACAUAUCUGUUGUGGCAGUCGACAGACAUGAGGGGCUCUAGACGUGCAUGUGCAUUUUGUAGCCGUACUAUCUAUUAUCGCUGUUACAUUCUGUCUGUUGGCUGUCAGUGGCUGUCAAAUAUGUCGGGUGUUUGACGAUCUUCUCGGAUACACUUUCAUCGAAAAUUUCCUCUUUUGACUUCACCAAUGACUCAUUCAGGGAGAAUGCAUAUCUUCGAUUCAAGGAUAUAUGCGGAAUGGAGUAAAAUCAAGGAUGCAUGAGUUACAUUGGGGUACAUUCAAGGAUAUAUGAGGUGUACUGGAAUAUAUUCAAGGAAUAUAUGACGAAGUUCAAGGAUAUCCGAGGAGAAUUGAAGGAGAUUCGACGAUAUAUGAAAUUAGAGGAUAUAUACAGAAAAUCGAAAGACUCUCAAAGAAACGGGAGAAAUAGGAGAAAUGUUGAGAAUUUUUUUUAUAAAUGACGAAUAUAGGGUGGAGUUCAUGUAAGUAUGGUCAUGAACAGAAAUGAGUUGCUUCGUUUGGGACCAGCCAAUGAAACCGCAGACCUUCAAACCACGAGACGACGAGUUUGUCUUUAAAUUCUCUGUACUAAUUUGAUUGAGGUGUGGUUGGUGACAAGACUUGCCCUCUGUCGAACCCAGGUUAUUUUGGUCUGAUAGAGAAACCUGUGGCGUUCCUUGCUUAAAGAAAAUGAACAAACCGAGGGAGAAUCUUCUUCCCAUCAUUCAUCGGAGGAUGGGGAGAGCCAGGGACGAAAGAAGCAUGUCUGCUGCUGAAGCGGCCAUCUUGGAACAGAUUACUCAAAUCAGAUCUCGUAUCUCUGGGCGGAGAAAAUCAGUCCCACCUGAAGCGAAUGUCAAGCACACGCAGCAUGGCAAGCACGAGAGUAGGGAAAGAUGGCGACCAACUCUGGAGCCUGUCAAGGUCCGGGUGCAUCCAAGGUCCCGGUUCAAGCGCUACGUCCGACUGGCUCUCAUCUGUAUCCGGCUGUGUAACACGAGUUACCAGAGUGUGAAGGACUCAGGUGAUGAGUUCCUGUCAGUCAUCCAGGUGUCCCAAGACUUGACCACUAUCGACAGAGACGGUCUGUUCUUUGAUCCCAACGACUUCAAGGCAGAUACACAGGACCGUUUACCCCAGGAGGCAAAGAGAAUUCUUCAGAUGAAUCCGGAAGAACGAUCCCCCAGAGACAUACAAUACUUGGUGAUCGUCUUGAGCAAUAUCCCUGCAUUUGCAGAGUACCCCAGACGAAUGCAGCACAAACUGUGCACUGUGGGCUGGUAUGAAGCAUACGAACCCAAGCGAGCCAUUGUCCGAGAAGGUCACCCCCCUCACUCGUUCUACUUCCUUCUAUCAGGGACAGUUCUUGUCACAGCCUUCGAGAAUGGCGUUGCGCGGACCCUGGUCAGUCUGCGCACAGGCAUGUCUUUCGGGGAGUUGGCGGUCAUUACCCGGAGCCGUCGUCAAGCCACAGUCAGCACCCACACGCCCACAGAGCUGUUGUGUAUAUCAGCUAAAGAUUUUGAAGACAUAUUUAUGGCUGGUGGAAUGCAGAAUUUAAACGAUCCAGAUCACAACUCUUUCAUAAGGAGUGUUGGAUUUUUGCGUCACUGGCCAGUUGAAAUCCUGUCCGAGUGUCACCAGGCUUGUAUGUUUCAUUAUUUCAAUCGGGGACAAGUGCUUGUUCGAGACAGUAACAACUCCGACUGGAUAUACAUUGUCAAGUCGGGUAGUUUGUCCGUGUUGAAGAAGCUCCAGGCCGCACAACCAGAUGCCACAAGACACACGAAGGAACCAGAUGAAAGUGAUCAGCGUGUUAGUCGAUCCUUAGGGUCAUGGGACCGUCGUUUGCGGAAGCGAAGACCGAAACAUCCACAGCGCAUGUCCAUGACAGACCCGGAAGUGUAUAGGAGCCAGUUUGAAAUGGAGAAACGACUGGAACAAACCUUACCGGGAUUUCACAACACUAAGGACCGACUUGGUCUCAUAGACUAUGAUGCCGUCAUUCGUGAACAUCGUUCCCGUCUAAUACAACGACCUUCUGAGUCGACGUUGUUGCCAAAGAUAGAUGUUGCCGAGAAGCCGGAGAAGAGGCCCGGCCGGCGUGACAGCGUGACAGAUAGGCAACUACGCCUUCCACCUAUACACAACAAAGAUGGCGACGUUGAUGAUCACGGAAGAAGUCCGAAACCGGAAAUACGACCCGUCAGCAAAACUGCCAAGGGUGUAUACCUGGCCCCUAGCCCCGUUAGACCACGGCACCAGGUGGGGGAAGAUGGACGGACUUUAUCCGAGGUGUCCGAUACUCAGAAGGGACAGACAAGAGGGGAUAGGGUCAGCGAGGAGUUGGCUAAGAUGCAGAUCGAGUACCGGCGUAAGAUUAUGGAGCGGGAGGGCCGCAAGACGAUAGCGGAGGAGCUGGACAGCAAAGGACGGAGGGACUUCGUAUUCACUGAGGCUGACCUCAACCCCAUGUUCAUACUCGUCCAAGUGCUGGAGCGGGGGCAGUACUUCGGCGUGAGCAAUAUGGUCUACCCAGAGCAGCCAAGUCUGAGCCUCGUGAGCAAUGGCGCCGAGUGUAUAGUGUUGUCCAAGAAGUUCUUCCAGGAGAGAUCCAGCGAUGCUAACAUGCGACACGUCAGGCACACUGAAUGUCCAUUCCCAGACGAAGUUGAGCUUCAAAAGAAUCUGAAGGAUUACGUGAACUGGGAGGCCCACCGAGCCAAGAUCUACCGUCGCCUCGUCAGGCAAAAACAGAAGCAUCACGCCAAGAAGAAACAGUUUCUUCCACAGUAUGUUGGACAGUACAGCUUCAGAACGGGCCCUUUAUGAUGUUUUGUACUUUGCACUAGCCCAUAUUUAACGUUCAUGAAGAAGGCUUAGUGAUCGAACUUAUUGAACACCCAUCACCCGUGCAACGACAAAGAAAUGGAUCAUAAGAAACUAUAGUUCUUUCUGUAGCAAUUAAUGGAUGUUCAUCCCUGUAUACAUUCACGGACAUUAAUACACAACAAGAGGCACUUGCUUGCUUAUGUUGUCACUUGGGCCAUGAUUGGGCGAUGGACAUACGGCGGGAAUACAGUCUGUUCAAUGAUCAACAUCUGUCUUAUCUUUCUGGACACAUUUUCCAAAUCCUAUCAUGGCACAAGCUUCAAAGACAUCUGCGCCAAUGGUCCCUUUGCUACCCAAUACAGCAAGGCAAUGCUUGGUUUGUCAAUAAACCUUAUGAAAUGGGGGCAUUGCUUGUUAUCCCAUCAUAGAUUACCUGCUAAAAAUGUAUAACUCAAUACAGAGCAUCUUUGCCUCUGCUGAGGUAGUCAUAUUUUGGUACCUUCUACGUGAGGAGGUGACUUGGAUCGUUGCACUUUUGGGAUGCAUUUUCCAUAUUCCUUAUAUCAGAUAAUUUUUUGCGCUUCCAAAAGUGCUAUAUACACCUUUAGCCUUACUAGGGUUUAUAAUAUUAUAUGAAAUCAGAUAUUUGCUUCCACGAAAAACGUGAAUCUUGAAGCAUUUACUCAUUAUUGUGCGUAACUCAGGACUUUUUAUAUGUAUUUAUUUACACCAAGACAAAGGCUUCAAUGAAGCUGCCCUGUUGUCGACCUUCUUCGUGUUAAUUUCGUUUCCAUUGCAAAAUAAUAAGAUUCAUUGUGGUAAAACACUAAUGACUGUACUACUCGACUAAUGGAUAUCCAUAACCUCAUGUGGCGUAUCCAAACUAUAUUAGACAAGCUGGACAACAGUGUCCAGUAAUCUGCUACGCUAAUUACAAGCAGAGUGUCUAGAUACUGAUUACACCUUCACGUCGAGCGUGGGGAAAUGUACAUCCGUGUGAUUUCAAACAACCAUCGCAAAGGUGUUAUGUUGAUCUGCAGGAAUUAAUCAUUUGCAUAUUUAUACUCAUCCUGGUGUCAAGUUUUAACUGAAAGGGUAUUCUUGCAAUGGUUUUAGACUGUAAAAACCAUAUUCAACUAAUAGAUAAUUAACAUGAUUUUUAAUACAUUUGGAAAGGUUUGUUCGUGUCUUCAUAUCCGUUCACAAAAUAACAGAUCGCACUACGCAAUUCACUGUUCUUGUUAAGAAAUGUUAACUUUUGUUCUGUACAGCGAAGUUUCUGAAGAUGUUACACAUGUUACAGAGUCCUGUUUUCAUGUUAUCAUAUGCAUAUCUGUGAUACUGAUGCUAUGUCUGUGAUAAGAUAAAGUGCCAUUAAAAACUGUCUCUUUCAAAA